AUGUUACGGCGCUCACUGUUCCCAACCAUUGCAAGGUCCUGUACUCAAUUGGGCAGAAUUACCUCUAGCUCUUCGGCGCUCCUGACAAGGCCAACGUCUAUUCCAUCCUGUUCCAGUGUACUCAAUAAUCAGGCUUUGGCGCCAUUUCUCACCAGAGGUUUCAAAGUAAGGACAUCCGUGAAGAAAUUCUGCAGUGAAUGUUAUAUUGUUAGGCGGAAAGGUAGAGUAUAUGUCUACUGUAAAUCUAACAAAAAGCACAAACAGCGUCAAGGUUGA